AUGAGCUACCAGUCCUACCUCAAAUCUACUUCGAACUCUGCCGUCAAAACGCCCUCCCCGAGCUCUAUCCAUCGAAAGCCCGCCGCCGUUCCUAUCCCGACAAUCGUACCCUCUACCUCAUCGUCUACACACACAAACGUCAUUCGAAAUGCUACUCCAAGUUCUACGAGCAAUGCCCCCUUUACUCCUACAUCAUCUAUACACUCACCCUCCAAUCAAUCUGCUCCCGCGGCCCCAUCUACUGCCCCGGCCCGCCCGAAUUCCCCAUUGACUCGGACACCCUUAACCAAAGCACAAAUCGAUGCAGCCAUGAAAGACUGUCUCGAUUUACAGAUUACUGCGACCUCAUUUCACGAAAAACGCCCCUUCGCAGCUCUUCUCUUGGCACCAGACAAUACUACCAUUCUUUUGACACAUGUCUCUAUUUCCCAUGUCCAACAUGCCGAAACCGAAUUGGCCCGUUUGGCCAGCAUCCACUUUUCACAGAAAUAUCUCGUGGCGUGUACAUUGGUCUCAACAUGGGAACCCUGCGCAAUGUGCACGGGUACUUUAUACUGGAGCAAUAUUGGACGUGUUGUCUACGCGGCGAGCGAAACAAAGUUGAAGGAUCUCACCGGAGGAAAUAACGAUGAGAACAUGACCAUGUCCCUUCCCUGUCGAGAUGUGUUGAAGGCAGGCCAGAAGGAUGUUGAGGUGAUCGGACCAAUCAAUGGUUGGGAGGAGAAGAUUAUAGAAGAGAGCACAAAAUGGUGGAAGGAGCAUCAAUCAAAAGACUUCGGACAUAGAGAGAGGGAUGGAAGUGUCAACGGGAAUGAAAAGCCAGGGAGUUUAUCCAGCAUGCGCCAGGGUACGAUGACAACUUGGACUGGUGAGGAUAACGUUCUCAGCAGCAUCGAUGACGAGGGAGAGUACAAAGCCGAGUUGGAUAUCGAUUGGAUGAGGUAG